UGUGCAGACACUGUGUCGCUUAAACAAAGAUGGCGGAGAAAGUGGCCGAUACGAAGGAAACGAAAUCAGCCGUAGGAUCAGGUGAAGGCCAUCAAGACGCUUUCAGGGAGGGCAUUCUGCAAAUGUUUCGACCGGCAGUUGAAGAACUGGACAGUAAAGCUCUAAGUGUGAGAAAAAGUCAAGUUGAGUUACGGGAACAAAUUGACAAGUUAGCACAAGAUCUGCAUAGAUUGUCUGAGCUUCAAGAGUUCCCAAUUGACCUCGAACCAUAUGUAAAGAAACUGAUGAAUUCAAGAAGAAGAGUUAUGUUGGUAAACAACAUACUACAAAAUGCUCAGGAAAGACUUGGAAGGCUUCAUCAAAGUGUCACAAGAGAGACUGCAAGGAGGAAAGCUCUGCUGGAACCAUCUGAGUUUUCAUGAUAGUGUCAACUAAAAUAUACAGUACAAGGGUAUUAAUGGACAAAUAUUGGAUGGUAUACUUUUAUGAAUAGUUGUAGAUAUAAUUAUUAAAAUUUCUUUAAAAACAAAAAAUAAUCAUGAAUGCACAACACAUAUUAAAGUGAAUUUGAAUCAUGCUUAAUUGCAUUAUUUGUGAACCAUAAAUUCUGAAGAAGCUUUUUUUUAUGUCAGUAGGACCCUGCUAACAUGAACUUGCAGAAGAUCCAAUUUUCCUCUACCCCAAUUUUUCAGUCAUUUACUCUCAGCCAAGCCGAAACCCCUAUGAACUUGAACUUUACUUGUUUCCCUUGGAAGUUCAGGCAGGAUUCUACCCCUGAGAAUAGAAGAAGUUAAAAUAUGAAGGGUUUUCAGUUGGACAGUCUCUAUAUCAUGGACACUUUCAAGAUGCAUGGUUGAAUUAAAGGUACAUGUGAAUUUUUUCUGUGGCUUUCAUUGUGCGAAGCUGUUUGGAUAUACGUCACAACAUGUUUCAGUGUGUACGAAUUUUGUAAUAGAUCGUAAGUUUGUGAAUAAGACAUAACAGUGAAUAUGAAAGCAGUCUUGGUAAUGAUACUUAAUACUUAAUUGCAACUUUGUUUACUGAUGAAAAUUUUUACUAAUGCUCCACAUGCAUCAUGUACACUACCUUUGGACUGUCAGAUUUCAAAUUUUUGGAAACUUGUAGUACUGUUACUAGUAGAACAGAGAUCAGACACAUAUUAGAUAAACAUGCCCACACAAAGUAUCAAGAAAUCCCAUUUUGUGGAGUCUGUCACAUUCAUCCUUUGACCCUUUUUGAGAGUGACUAGCAUCUAAAAUCUCCUUACAACAUCACACAUUUAGGUUACAAGAAUAAAGGAAAUGAUUACUAACUAAAGAACCUCUUGAUUUGCACACAACUUCUCUUGACAGCACUGUAGGAAAUUUAUAUAAAACAGUAUGGAAAAUAUGUACACUGAUGUUGAGGGGUUGUGUUGUCCGUUGUAGAUUUUCUUUAGUGGCACAAUUCACUUGGAAGCUUAAACCAUGCUUUGUUUUUGUGAAGUUUAGAACUCUCGGCAGAAAGACGUAACAUUAUAUAAUGCGUUUCACUCCAUUUAUAACUAGGCCUGGUGUUACAUGAU